AGAGGCGGAAGUUGAAGGGGCUGGGGCAUCUGGGGGAACUUUGCCUAGGUGGCACUUUCCUGUUCGAGGCUCCGCCCCCGCCGGAGGGGCUCGGCUUCGAGAUUCAAGAUGGAGUCGUUGAGUCGAGCUGGGCAGGAAAUGAGUCUAGCGGCUCUGAAGCAACACGACCCCUACAUCACCAGCAUCGCAGACCUCACGGGCCAGGUCGCUCUGUACACCUUCUGCCCCAAGGCCAACCAGUGGGAGAAGACUGAUAUAGAAGGGACCUUGUUUGUAUAUCGAAGGUCAGCUUCACCCUACCAUGGUUUUACCAUUGUCAAUCGACUGAAUAUGCACAAUCUAGUUGAACCAGUGAAUAAAGAUUUGGAAUUUCAGCUCCAUGAACCAUUUCUUCUAUAUAGAAAUGCAAACUUAUCAAUAUACAGCAUCUGGUUUUAUGACAAGAAUGACUGUCACCGCAUAGCAAAACUCAUGGCUGAUGUGGUAGAAGAGGAGACACGGCGAUCCCAGCAAGCUCGAGAUAAACAGAGUCCCAGCCAGGCCAAUGGCUGCAGCGACCACAGGCCCAUCGACAUCCUGGAAAUGCUGAGUAGAGCCAAGGAUGAGUACGAGAGGGCGCAGAUGGGGGACUCAAAUAUAUCCAGCCCUGGGUUACAGCCAAGCACUCAGCUCUUCAAUCUGGGAAGCACUGAAACUCUAGAAGACACAUUCUCUGGGUCACAAGAUAAGUCUGCUCCAUCUGGACACAAACAUCUGACCGUGGAAGAGUUAUUUGGAACCUCUUUGCCAAAGGAACAACCAGCAGUGAUGGGUCUGGAUUCAGACGAAGUAGAGAAGCUGCCAGGAGAUGCCUUCCAGAAAGAACCCAGCUCGUUCCUCCCAUUUCCUUUUGAGCAUUCUGGAGAAGCCACUCAGCCGGAAAACCUCAGUGUCCAUUCAGCCACUCACCACACAGUCCAGCCUGAAGUCUCCCCGCCAGUGCUCAUCACUCCAGCUUCAAUCGCACAGUCUAGUGAGAGGCAUGCCCCCAGCUACACGAUCCCCUUGAGCCCUGUGCUCAGCCCCACUCUGCCAGCCGAAGCUGCUACUGCACAAAUUGUCCCUGCUUUACCUCGGAAUAGCAACAUAAUUCAGGCAGUGAAAACCACGCCUAGACGGAGGUCUCCACUCCUGAACCAGCCAGUCCCUGAGCUAAGCCACACCAGUCUGAUUGCCAGCCAGAGCCCCUUCAGAGCCCCCCUGAGCGUGACAAACACAGCUAGUACAUCCCUCCCUAGCAUUGACCUUCUCCAAAAACUCAGAUUGACUCCACAGCACGACCAAAUACAGACACAGCCACUUGGGAAAGGUGCAAUAGCACCCAGCUUUCCUCCAGCAGCCGGCCACCUCGCCACACCUGAGAGCUUCAUAGAGCCUCCUUCAAAGACAGCAGCAGCAAGAGCAGUGGCCUCAGCCUCCCUGAGCAACAUGGUGCUUGCUCCCCUUCAGUCUAUGCAGCAAAACCAGGAUCCUGAAGUAUUUGCCCAGCCUAAGGUGUUAUCCAGUGCCAUCCCGGUUGCAGGCGCUCCAUUGGUCACUGCGACAACCACAGCAGUAUCUUCGGUCCUGCUGUCUCCAAGUGUUUUCCAGCAGACUGUUCCGAGGUCCACAGACCUUGAAAGAAAGGCAGGCUGCCCUUCUCCCCUCACCAUCGGAACACCAGAAGAUCAGAGAAAGCCUUCCAUUAUUCUCAGCAAGUCUCAGCUCCAGGAUACAUUGAUACAUCUAAUAAAGAAUGAUUCCAGCUUCCUCAGUAGACUUCAUGAAGUUUACCUGCAAGUUCUGACCAAGAACAAAGACAAUCACAACCUAUGACUGGAGUGGAAUAAAUCUGAAGGCAGAGAGUCAACCUCAAAAACAAAGAGGUUUCAUCUUGGAAACUUCUUUCUAAGUAGAACAUGGAGUUUUGAGAAUUCUGCAGUUCAGCCUAUGAGGAAGAGACUCAGUCCUUAAGAAUGUUUCCAGUGACAUUCUUGGUGAUAAUGGAGGUUUCACUGUGAAGCAUCACCAGCAGACUUUUAUUUUGACAAAACAAGAAGACCAUUGUGUUCUGUGGGUGUUUUCAUCAGCUGUGUGGAAGUACGUGAAAUAGGGAGUCUGGUUUUCAGCUCACUUUUAUUUUCAAGGACUUAGGGAGAGGAGCCGCCAGCCUUGCAGCAAAAUCGAGCCUAGCCUGCACCCCUGCCCACCCACGCACUGGACACAUCAGUAUUAGGCUGAUGGCCAAGUGAUGAGCAGUUCUAAAAGUAGCAUCAGGUUUUAAAGGAUCAAGUUUGUCAUAAAUUAGGAAUUAUUUGUUCAAGUGAAGUAUAUUUUAUAUGUGUGCUGCCUUUUGGGCCUGUAAAAUUCUGAAAUUUCCCUGCGCUUUGUUUUUAGUGUCCCCACACCGGCCGUGCAGCAGGCACCAGCGCAGCAUUGCUGUUGAGGUAGCGUCCUUCUGAGAUCUGUAGUGACACGGAAUUCGAAACAGGCUGGGGCUGGGAAUGCCUGGAUCCUACCAGACAUUCUCAUUUUAAGUUAAACUUUCCAGUGGUUUGGGAAAUGUUAAAUUUGUGUGUGAAACACAGCCUUAUUUUCCUUUUCUGUCGAAACACAGUUAGAAGUUGUUGUUUAUUGUAUCCCUUAACACUUUGACGAAGGACCAGUGGACCAAUCUGACAAAGCCAUUCUGGUUCCAUUCCUCAAGUGUACCGAGAACAGUUUAAAAGCUAUGCAGAAAGGGGAACUGUUAUUCACACUGCCCUUACUUUGUUGUAGAAUAUAGAGUUUAAAAGAAAGUGUGAGAUUCAGAACUUUACCAGUGUACUCCUAGGCUGUGAGUACUUUUCCAGCCCAAAGUGUGAAAAUGUGUAAAGAUGCUUUGUUAUGCUGCUAUUGAUCUGCCAUGAUUUAUAUUUAUUCUUUUAUGACAUGUAAUGGUGUUCAGUAAUAUUUUAAUGUAGAUUUUGAUUUAUUUCAGCAAUAGUAAUUUUAAGAUGUUCUUUAAAUGAAAGUGUCUUCAUUUCCAUGAUACAGGUCAUUUUGUAGUAUUUAACCAGUUAAGAUGCACUGCUUACCUUCCUGAGUACUAUUUAAUGAUGGGGUAAAAACCCACUUGGCUCAACCAGCUAGCAUAAGGAUUAGCUGUGAAUAAUGCUGACAGAUGUCAUGGUUCCUUGGGAACAAUUGUUUAAGCUUUAAUGGUAACUCAAUCAUAAAUCUGUAGGGGUUUUUUUCUAGCUGAAAUUGUAGGAAAUUGUGAAUUACGUACUUACUUUAGUUUGGUCUUAGUGUUUUAGCAUAAAGAAUACUUCAUUUGAUUGGCUUCUUUUGAUCUAAACAGGCUUUCUAGACAGUGUUUCUGCUCAGUUUAGUGUCUUCUCUACUGUCUACCUAGUUACGUGUGAAUUGUGUAGAAUUCAGGAAGCUUAUAAGUUUUCAUACUCUAUUAGGAGUAGUUUGUUUUCAAAGAUAGUGUAUAAACUCAGUAACCAAAAAUGAAUUGCUCACACAUCAUCUGGGAAAGAUAAAAGUUACAGUAAGAUAAAGUCAUGGUAAGAUAAGGAGUGUUGCUGACACCAGGACAUGGUAUCCAAAAAGCCAUGUGGCUUUCUCAUAAAAUGAAUUUACCAGAAGGUUUGAUCAUGCCCCAAGUGUAGUUGCAGUAGGCUUUAGUGAACAUGAAUCAAGGGAUUCUCGUUACCAUAGAUGCUUGAAUUUAAAUGAUGCUUUUCAGUAUGUUUAAUAAUAUGAGAGAGUAAAAGAGAAUACCCUAAAGAGAGGGUCUAUAAUCAGUCUAUUAAUUUUCACCCUUUAAUCCUAGGAAUGAAUAUGAGAGUAAAAGAAGAUCUAUGAUAAGGCUUCCUUAGUGUGAAAGUAAACUUUUUAAGUGCCCAAGUCAUGGAGACUUGAAAAGGGUAAACCUGUUUCAACUCCCAAGUUUAUAUAUUCAAAGUAUUCACUUACAAUUCAGAAGCCAGAAGUUUGUGGUCAUGAUUACCAGGAAGUUCAGGCCAGAAUGAGUCCCCAGAGAGCCAGGCCAAUCCUGGACACUUGCAGUUGGAUGACCCUGGCCUGACAGUCACAGUUCAGUUGCCUUAUUCCUUGUUCGGGCUUACUGUCCAGAACCUCACGCUAGCUUAGGUUGCACAUUUACAUUGCUGCCACGUCUUCACUGGAAACUUAGAACGGAAGUGGACACCAGGAUGGAGAUGCUUCUUGCUAGGUUUUGCAGACCCCCAGGAGACCUGCAUUUAGACCACUCUGUCCACCUGUUCAUGCACCCAUCCCCUGACCUCUGCAGCCAAGUGUAGGCUCUAGCAGCAACCCAAGUGUGGUGUGUGUAAGGUAUCACCAGUGGGUGGCGCUACUCUUUAUGUUGUAAAGCAAUGUCUGAAUUGACACAAAAACCACACAGACCUGUGUACCUCCCGGAUGGCCUUAUUCCUCUUUCUUGCACAUCUCUCCUGGGAUUUGUGAGGUGUAAAAGUUGGCCUGCUUGACUUUGGGUCCUAAGUUUUCAAGUGACCAUCAGUAUCAGAAGCAUUUCAUACAGUCUGCAUGUGGAAUGCCCACAGCUUACCUUGAACAGAGUGGUGUUUUGUUCAGAAUUCAAGUCCCCCAGACCCUUCUCUCCAGGAGGGUGCGCAGGCCUAAGUUAGAAUGUGUCUGAUAGAUUUUGAAUUUCCAAGCAUUUGUUCUAUUUCUGGCCUGUAUUUUCUUGCAGAAACCCCACCAGAUCCACUGUUAGGUAAAUAUUUUUAAACGUUGCAGCUUUAUUACUCUCCUCCCCCAAAGAAUGUAGCUUGAAUUUUUCUCCUUUUGAUAGUAGAGGCCAUAACUGCCAUUGUAUUACUGAUAAUGCAACAUGAAACUGAAGGUGCCUAACUGCUUAAGUAACAAAGCAAGCCAUCGCACUGUAACUCGGGGAGGAAUGAGGUGGCCCAGGCACCGGUGAGCUCACAGGCUCGUGUCCCGCGUCCUUGCUGCAUUCACUGUGGAGUGCGUUUCUUUCUCUGCCUACCUUUGGUUUUCUUCAUCUGUGUUCAGAGUACCUUCUGGAAGCGAUAGUGCCGUGUUUUCAUUUUCUAAAACGUUAAGAUCUGAGCGGAGCAAAGCUAUUUACAGUAGGCUUUUUAAAAGCAGUGCUUGAGAACAUUUCCAUGAGUGAGCCAGGGCCUCAAGAAGCCUGUUUAUCAGCAGAUUUCAGCAGGAGAGAUACGUGCAAUGUUUCACUCAGAUUUGGAUUUGACAUCUUUCUUUAAAAUGCUAAGAUGCAAUAUCGAUCACUUUGAAGUGGGGAAGACGCCACAUGUGUUUCCCUUUUAUCUGUGUGAAUCCUUAGGAAACGUGUUUUUAAAAUAUGUGUUCUAAUGGUCUUUUUAUGCUGUGUUACUGCUUCGGCCAUGUGGCUCUCGUGACUUCCAUUGCACCAGAUUCCCAGCUCCCUGCGAUGUAGGGGCAAGAAGCUGUGGACUGACAGCAAGGUUUUUUGUUCCUUGAGCGCAAUACUGCAUCAUUAACAUUUUAAAUGGUAUGGAUUUUAUACCAUCUGUGUAUGUUUGCAAAUAUUAAGUUAUUACAUGUUUUAAAAUGAGCAUUUUUCAUCCUA